AUGCAAAACUACCAGCACAUCUUGGCUUUGGAAUUUGCAAUCAAAGAAAUCAAUGAGAAUUCCAGGAUCUUGCCUAACAUCACCCUCGGUAUCCAUAUCUCCAAUAGCUAUUUCCUGGCAAGAUGGAUUUAUCUGGCUACCUUGGAGCUUCUCACUACAAAAGGAAGGUUCAUCCCAAACUACAAAUGUGACCUCAAGGACAAUGUAAUAUCUGUGAUUGCAGGACAUAAUGCUUUCAUUGAUGAGGACAGUGACAAUCAAUGCACUGGUGAAGAGUCACUGGAGACCCUUCCUGAAUCUGUGAUUGAAUCUAGUAUAACUGGGCAAAGUUAUAGCAUUUACAAUGCUGUCUAUGCAGUGGCCCAUGCUCUGCAAGCCAUGCUUUCAUCUAAGAGCAGAAAAAGACGAAAUGCUUGGGAACUCAGUCAACAGUCGUGGCAGGUACAGCCCUUUUCUAUGUGCAAUCCUCCAUGUUCAUCAGGUUGGAGCAAAAUAAAAAUAGAAGGAAAGCCUUUUUGCUGCUAUGAUUGCCUUAAAUGCCCAGAAGGGAAAAUUUCAAACAAGACAGCUGAUGCAGAUGACUGUUUCCCAUGUUCAGAAGAUCGGUACCCAAACCAAGCUCACAACCUUUGUAUUCCAAAACACAUCACAUUUUUGUCUCAUGAAGAGACUCUGGGAAUUAGCUUGACAGCUAUUGCUUCCUUCUUUUCUUUCAUCUCAGUUAUGGUCCUGGGAAUCUUCAUUAAGCAUCGGGACACCCCCAUUGUCAGAGCCAACAACCAGAACCUCACCUACAUUCUUCUCAUUGCUCUCCUCCUCUCCUUCCUUUGCACUUUGCUCUUCAUUGGGCAACCAGAUAAGGUGAAAUGUCUCAUGCAACAAACUUCUUUUGGCAUCAUCUUCUCUGUAGCUCUUUCUUGUAUAUUGGGGAAAACAAUCAUAGUGGUCCUUGCUUUCAGGGCCACCAAGCCCGGAUCCAAAAUGAGGAAAUGGGUGGGGAAAAGGCUGGCCAACGCUAUAGUUCUUUCAUGCUCUUUGACACAAUUCUCCAUUUGUGCAGUGUGGUUGGCAAUUUUCCCCCCAUUCCCAGAUUCUGACAUGCACUCCAUGGCUGAAGAAAUUGUCCUAGAAUGUAAAGAAGGUUCAGCCACUAUGUUUUAUAUUGUUCUUGGUUUCUUGGGAUUCUUGACUGCUGUCAGCUUUUCAGUUGCCUUCCUAGCUAGGAAGUUACCUGACAGCUUUAAUGAAGCCAAAUUUAUCACCUUCAGCAUGUUGGUCUUUUGUAGUGUCUGUAUAUCCUUUCUUCCCACUUAUCUGAGCACCAAGGGAAAAUACAUGGUAGCUUUUGAGAUCUUUUCCAUUUUGGCUUCUGCAGCUGGAUUACUGGGUUGCAUCUUUUCCCCCAAAUGUUACAUUAUUAUUCUGAGGCCCGAUUUGAACAGAAAGGAACAGCUAACAAAGAAAUGA